AUGGAGCAGAAUCCCGAAGAAGAUCAGCCGUCCACGUCGUCAGCAUUUGAUCCAAAUGUUUCAAGAGAAUCAAUAGAAGAGAAAAACGAUAAUGAAAUGGAAAGGCUGCUAGAAGCGACUGAUAAAAUUUUGGAAAAUAAAGCAAAGUCAAUGAAUUUAUCAUCUUUGAAUGUACGAUCGAUUCUUCACCAUCUUAUAAAGUACCCAGCAACGAUAGACGUGUUGUUAGGAAUCCGGGAGAAUGAUAGCAAUCUUCCUAGUGUUCGAAACAUGCGAUCUAGAAAAAAAGCAGACGGAUCUGUAGCAUCAUCAACCAAUAACACCCCCAAGAAAUUUGCUCUCCGUAUAGAAGAUAAAGGACCCAAGAAUUUUCUCGAUUUGGAAUAUGAGGAAGAUGACGAAUAUGAUGAUGAUUACGUCGAAGAGAGAGACUGCUCAAGGCAAAAUGACGGAGAAGCAGAAGAAAGUGAAGAUGAAGAAUUGGAUGAGGAAGAAGAAGAAGAAGAUGACGACGAAGACGAAGAGGAAAGCAAAGAAGUUGAUAAAGAUGAUAACGAGAAACAAGAAAAAACUGGUGAAGAAGCUGAAACAUCUUCGGAUCUCGAUAACGAAGAAUUGAAUGAACUUCUGUUUGGAGAAGGACAGGAACAAGAUGAAAGUCAUUCUUUGCAAAUGACUCUAAACGACACUCGGCCUGGAUCAGCAGCAUUGGUACAUACACUGGAUAAUGUUGUGGAUGAUGAUGAUUAUCGAAACUUUGUCAUAUCUAUAAAGUGCCCAGCGGAAGACUUUGACGAGAAAGCAGGUGACGACACUGAGGAUGACACUGAAGACGAAGAUUACAAUGUGAUCGCCGAUAAUUUGAAUGUGGAAGACUGGGAUGAAACGAGGCAGGAUAAAACUACACAGAUUCCAAGGCACGAAGUGAAGGCGUUGAUGAUGGAUACACUUUUAGCUGAAAAAGAGAUUCCUCUGAAUAUUUUCCCUGAAGAAACUACUCAUGCAGAAGAUCCAAAGAAACGGCAACAACGAAAGAGUAUUGAUACUCCGCAAAAGGAUGAACUGACAGCUUCCUCUGCCGAAUCAUGCAGUCUUUUGAGAUAUGCUCCGGUGACAUUCCGUCCUCAAGAGAUCGAUCAGCUUCGUACCCAAUUGGAACAGCAUGUACAGCUUCUAACACAAUUUGUUGUCACCUGCCACCAUGAUGACACACUUAGUCACGUGCGAAACGAUUCACAGUUGAUGUUAAAUGAGCUUGAUGAUAUUCGGCAGCAAAAACCAUCGACAUCUGUUUUCAAUGUGUCAAACCUAGAUGCAGCUAUCACAUCUUGCCACGAUAUCAAUGAUUUUCCAAAAGUUGAUGAUAGCUUGCUAAACUAUGCGCAAAAUACGGAUCGAUGUGGAGGACAAGCACUGAGACCAGAAGCUGCAGCUGUGCUUUCUAGAAGUGAAGCUAUCCGCUAUCCUGGACUACUACCACCGUGCCAACCGAUUUAUAUUGAAAAACCACUACCGUUCCUGAACGAAGAAGAUGUUAUGUUGGCAGUCGCAAUACUUCAGUUUCAUCAUCUUCCCAGGCGCGCUGAUAAAGAAGUUCCUGAUAGAUACACAAUGAUUCACAAGCAUUGUCUGCCCGCAAGGGAUCCCUACAAAAUUCGGUCUCAUUUGAAAUCAAUGAGAAAAGAGAGUAAAAACCCGAUUCAUCAAAUCAUUCAGGUAAGAAUUACGCUAACACAUAUAUUUUUUCAAUUAUUCAAUUUCCAGGCAGCAGAACAGGGAAUUUCCAAAAUAACAAUACCUGCUAAGACAUGGAGACAAACCGACUCUCCGAUUUAUACAUGGCCUUCAGUAUCUCAACCAGGAUGGUUCCGUGAAUUCAAAAAAGUUUUCAACGUUACCGAAGAUAAACAGAUUCAUCGGAAAUCAGAUUCAACGUUGAUAAUGACCCCAAUAAAACAGAGGGAAAAAUACAUGUCAUCAGGCAGCCACGACGAUAAACCCGAGUACGUAGAUAUUGGAAAAGGGCCAGAUGGACGUACGAUAAAGAUGAAUACCGCACAUGUUGAAGAGCUUGUAGAGAAACUCAAUUACGUCAAGAGUUCGAACCGUCGUAAAAACCCUACCCCGAUGAAACUGAGCACGGCACCAGAAACAGAGAAUGUUGCACAGAAAACAAAACCUUCUCGUUCUUCGAAAGCAGCUCGCAAAUUAGAAUGCACCAAAGAUACUUCAAAGAAUUCUGCAAAUUCGUCUGUUAAGAAGGAGAUGAUCGAUGAACAGAAACCCUCCUGUUCUUACACGUACGAGAGUAAUGAGGAUUACAGUUUUUGUCAAUCUGUACAGAACUGCUCUAUUCCUACUACAACGCGGAAAUCAAGACGUCCUCAAAGUGAUUCUAGACAAGUUCCUGAGACCCCUGGUGACUUAUAUGGCAUCGAUACCAAUUCCCUUUCCGGCCACUCCUACCCCAUCCCCCCAACGCCGGGUCGUAGAUCUCCAGAUGAGCAUGACGAUUUUUUCAUGGAUUUGGAAACGAACAGCUUAUUAUGGGCUCGAGAGUCCCCUGCACUCUCACUUGUGAAUCCUCGAACACCCCGUGGAUUUUCUAUGGAAUCAGAGUAUAUGGAAUCAGAUCCAACGGACUUUUCUUCACUAAACGACUACGAAUUAUGUGACUUGGAUGCAGUCGAAGAGCCUUCUUCCUCCUACUGGAAUGUGGGAUAUUCGACGGAUUUGGAUUAUGAGAACUCAAAUUCUGGUUCGAUUCCUGAUGCACCACCAUCUGCAUCGCCUGUCAAUUUCAACAUGCCCGAGCCAGUGAUAGAAGACGAUACUUCAAUGCCAGGACUCGAUCUUGUGCCUCCUGAUGACGAAGAAUGUGAAGAGGAUGCUGUUUCAGAAAAAGAUGAGACGCCUGUAAAAGUUGGUCUAGCCGGUUCUAGACCACCUCUGAGAAUGAGGAAGCUAGUUGCAGCCGGGAACACGGCCAUUAGGGCAUCCAGGAAAAGGACGAGAGCUGAAAGAUGUUCAGUAAUUUCAAUAGUUUUCCAGGAAGCCAUGGGAGCGAUAGGACUUGAUGAUGAGUUGUAUCAUGAGAAACAGAAAGAUAAAAUAAUGCGAAAAGUGAUAGACGAUAUCGGCAAAAGACUUUUUAUGCAUGGAGACACAUAUGAAAAAUUCAAGGAAACUAUUUUGAAUGAAGAAUUGUCGGAGAUUGAGAGAGUUUCCCGGAUAAUGCAGAUUCUCAAAAACCAUCGAGAGUUGCUCAUCCUCGUUCUUCUAUACGCUCCACCAGAAGCAAUUGUAUCUGACUAUGAUUUGGAUUUUAACUCCCUCUCAUAUAAAUCAGCUGUUGAAAUGAUGAUGGCGAUUGAGGUUAACUUAUAUUAUUAUUUUUUAAUUUUCAUCAAUUUCCAGCGAUACAUCACAGCUGCGAAGCUAAAGGAGCCGUCACUGAAAGGCCUCUUCCGAUUCGUUCAAACAUUUCUAGAAGACGAUCCUAAUUUGACCGACGAACAAGCAACGAUGAGAUUUUAUCAGCUUUUUGGACAGGAUCGGCCUUUAUGGAAGAAACUAGAAUCACACUUUUGGUGUCUUCCAUUUAAACGAAAAGCGCCAAGAUGGGAGCAAUUUGAAUAUGUUGAUUUAACGGGAUUAGAAACGAGAAAGAAGCCAAAAUCAGAUUGGAAAAACGUGCCUCCUCGAUUCGAGACUAUAGAUAACAUAGACGAAGUGUUGAGAUAUCCGUAUAAACCUGCAAAGAAUGAACCACCGUCGAAUUUAGUAGUGAAAUGUGGAGAAAUGUGUAUUCAGAAAGAAGACGAGUCAUUUAUACAAUUGGAAAUAACGGAAAGACAUUGGACAAAGCAAGAUGAUAUUGAUCUACUUACUGCUUACAAUGAAGCGCUGAAAACAGUGCGAAAUUUCACAGAGUCAAUGAUUCCGUCAUUUGUACCAGAUCUUCCGUUCGGAGAAAAAUCAAAAGUGGCACGGCUGCAAUAUUUACUCGAAGAGCUCAGAAAAAUGGAGGAAGAAGACGCUGAAGGAAACUAA